UGUCGAUAAUUUUCCGGUAAAAAUUUAAGUCCCAGUCCGCCCCUGGUAGCAGCAGUAGAGGACAGUAGUGGUAGUGGUGCUGCCUAAUACUCUUUUCAGCCCUCGGCCGACAGUUCAGCACAGCUCGUAGUCUUCGACGGUUGUACGUCGUUCAAUCCGGCACACUUUUAUAACCAUUGUACACUUCCUACUAUCUCAUUCACGUUUUAUAAACAAUGCGACAAUCCACGGUUUCUUAAACGAACAUUUCUCACUUUUUCCGAUUCGUAUCUCCGUAAUUACGAUGCAACCAGCUGAUUCGUUGAGAAAAUUAAACGUGACUGAAAGUAUUUUGUGCCAGUGAAUCUGAACAUGACAUUUCAAAGGAUUUGACCGAGAAAAUGGAUUUCCUGCCAUGGAUUGUCUAAAUGUCCAACAAGAAGAAGUAAUGCAGCAGAUAAAAGCGGAACUCGUGUAAGAACAGCGGAAUCUCGAUCAUCGUCGAAGAUGUCGAAGAAGAGGCGUUAGCAUGAGCUACACCACUGCAUUCAGAGUACUGACGCUGAUCCUGAUCCUCGGUGAUCUCGAGUCGAUCACGGUGGUGAACCACCAUCCGGACGAGGAAUACUUCCUCGAGCACGAGGUCCUCUACGAGGAGGCAAUUACGGAGGCGAAGAAGCUGCAGCUCUAUCCCGGUCCUAUCCCAGGAUGCAAGCCCUGCACGAGAUCAGAGAUGACUUACUGCAAAGAUGGAAGCGUGUUAAAUGACCACUGUUGUUGCGAUGGCAACUCCAACGAGGUAUUCCCCUUCGUGAAGCACACUUGUCGCGUGGGGCCAGAAGAAUGCGAAGUACAAGCUGGAGACUGUGCUGAAUACGCGAGGCUACGGGAAUGCUGCUGUCAUUCCUACUUAGCUUCUGUAUGGAAAUAUUUGGCGAACGACGCGGUAUCACCGACGAAUACACACUUUAUAAAGUUCCUGGCGAUAUUAACGGUGCUCAGGUGGCUCUUAUAGCCGACCUAAAAUUGACAGUACACAUUUAAUACCAAAUAUUUUGUAUAGGACGAGUUAUUUUAAUAAAUUAUUUUUCCACCGGCACGGGAGAAAUUUGGAGGCCAACGAACGUUUCUAACAUGCGACAACGAAGUGAAAUUUCUAAUAAUUUGAUAAACAAUUUUUGCGGCUUCACCUGUACAUAUGAGAAAGUGUAAUUGUACAAAUAACGAACAUUGUCCGACGGCAACAUUUGUACUUUAAUGGAUGAAAUGCAACAAACUAUGUACAAACGUGUA